UUUAUAACCAGCAACUUAGAAUAUCUUAAAUUUAAAAGAUCUUAGAGAAAACAUGUUUUACCCAUUCAUUCUAUCCAUGAGGAAACCAGCCAAGAAGUGUACAAUUGAAACCCAAAUACAGACACACACACAUACACACACACACACACACACACACACUCUUUUGUGUGUGUGUUUUGUUUGUAUGGAGUUGUUUGCAUGUUGUCUUCACUAUUAAACAAUAGGUUCCUUGGAAACAGACACAAUUUUUACCUUUCUUAUACCCACUACUUAUCACAACAACUAGUAUAUAAAAAGUCCUUUAAAAAGGCUUAUUGACCUGAAUUGAUAUACUCUCAUUGUUUUCUUUCCUCGGUACAUUAACAAAAUUUCAUUGUGUCUUUAGUCUCCCAACAGGAACUCAAAACUGAAGGUCAAUGGAACAAAACAAAAGCUCUCAAGGGGGCUUUGUUCUCUUGGGCUUCUCUGACAAACCCCAGUUAGAAAUAAUUCUAUUUGUGGUCAUCUUGGUCUUCUACAUCUUGAACCUAGUGGGAAACAUGACUAUCAUCUUGGUUUCUAGCAUUGACCCCAAGCUGCACACCCCAAUGUACUUCUUCCUCACCAAUUUGUCCUUUGUAGACCUCUGCUUAACUACCACCGUGGCCCCACAGUUACUGUUCACAAUGAGAAGCAAAGACAAGACUGUGAGCUAUACUGGUUGUGUAGCUCAACUGUAUGUGGCCAUGGGGUUGGGAUCCACUGAGUGUAUUCUCUUAGUUGUCAUGGCCUAUGACCGUUAUGCAGCUGUCUGUCGCCCCUUGCACUAUGCAGUCAUCAUGCAUCCUCGACUCUGCAUGUCUCUGGCUGCCACGGCAUGGCUCAGUGGUCUCAUUACCUCUCUGAUCCAGUGUUCUCUCACUAUACAGCUUCCUCUAUGUGGUCAUAACCAGCUUGAUCACAUCUUCUGUGAGGUGCCAGUGAUGAUCAAAUUGGCUUGUGUAGACACAACUUUCAAUGAAGAUGAGCUUUUUGUGGCUUGUGUGGUUUUUCUUGUGGUACCUGUCUCUCUCAUUUUGAUUUCCUAUGGGUACAUCACUCAAGCCAUAUUGAGAAUUAAAUCUGCAUCAGGACGUCGUAAAGCAUUUGGGACUUGUUCUUCUCACUUGAUAGUUGUAAUAAUUUUCUAUGGGACCAUCACCUUCAUGUAUCUCCAGCCAGCUAAAAGUAAGUCCAAAGACCAGGGAAAAUUUGUCUCCCUCUUCUACACUGUGGUCACACCUCUGUUAAAUCCCCUCAUCUAUACCCUGAGGAACAAAGAUGUAAAGGGAGCAUUAAGAAAGCUGGUACCUGGAAAAGACUAUUAG